ACAGUAGACUUACCUGCGAACAGCCGCGUCCCCUCAUCGCACUCCUUACUUUUGAACAGUCUGAGCCAUGUCCAUCUGUCCACCGUACGCGCCAUUCUUUGGCUUUGCAGGGGUGGCCUCCUCUAUGAUAUUCAGCACUAUUGGUGCGGCAUACGGAACCUCAAAAGCAGGCAUUGGCAUUGCAGGGCUGGGGCAAUUCAAGCCAGAAUUAAUCAUGAAGUCCCUUAUUCCCGUCGUCAUGUCGGGUAUCAUUGCCGUCUAUGGACUCGUUGUAUCUGUGCUUAUUGCGGGUGGCUUGGAUCCAACACAAGAUUAUUCUCUGUUUGCCGGCUUCAUCCAUCUAGGUGCAGGUCUCGCAUGUGGAUUCACCGGACUGGCCGCGGGCUAUGCAAUUGGCAUCGUGGGCGACGCAUGCGUACGCGCAUACAUUUACGAGUCGCGCGUCUUCGUAUCGAUGGUCCUCAUUCUCAUCUUUGCCGAAGUACUAGGUCUUUACGGCCUGAUCGUAGCACUCAUCAUGAACACAAAAGCAUCAGAUGUUCAGUGUUCAUGA